AGGUGCUCGAAGUGGGAGUUAAAUAGUAAACAAUCUAAAUGUCACUAAGCAAAGUCAAUAACCGAUUAACCGAAAAUGCUGAAUUAUUUUUUGACGUUGCUAAUUUUCGUUUUUGGCAUAUGGAUUGUCAGUCGAAUGUUCGCAUGGCUCAUCUGCUUAGCACUGCAGAGGUUCUUGGAUGUGCAGAUCAAGUUUGGCAGUUUUGGCCUGUUCAAUUUUGGAAACGUACAAGUGAUCAUCAAAGGAAUGAAAAUUGAAGUAUCAAAAGUCUGGGUGUCUAGUUGUUUUGUUAACACUGAUGUCAGGAAGUUGAUAAUUCUUUGUGUUCGGGAUGUACGAAUUCAAGCAGAUGUGAGUCCUACCCCGGACACUGCUAGGCCUUACAGUGAGAAAACAAAGAGAAGUACCAUACCAACCAGCGAUAUUGAAACAACGAAGAAAGAUUUUACCAAAAUCAUGGCCAUUGCACAGGUGCUGGGCAUCCGCAUUGAGAAUCUCACGGUGAUGAUACUGAACAAGGUGAUCCCUUUCUGCUUGAUACACAUCGCAGUCCAGGAGAUCUCUGCCGAGGGGGGAUCCGAAAAGGAUAACUUUCUGUUUUCUGCGACUCUGAAUGGAUUGAGCUGCAAAGCAUUGCGGAGUAUUGAUGGGGAAAGUGACAGUAGUUCACCAAGAUGUCUGGGAGAAUUGUCUGUUAGUUUGAGUGCUGAUGUAACAACAGACAAGGCCGAUCCAUCUAAACUCCGUAAAAUUAAACUACUUGUUACUAAACCACAGAUGAUGAUAACAGAAGGAUUUUUGCAGAAUUUGCAGAAUAUUCAUUCCAAACUUGCAGUAUCAACUAUGGAUGUUGAUUCAUCUGUUGUGAAAGAACCAUCCAAGAAAUUUGACAUAAAAAAAUUUGAACAUCUUCAAGAACUUAAGAUCGACUUCACUAAGCUAAACCUGAAAAUUUUGAGAGAAACAAAACACAGAAGCCUAUCCAUUUCCAUGAAACUGUUCCAUGUGGGCCUGACUAAUCGCACCAGCGAAGACUACUCACCAGACAUUGCGUGCAGUGUUAUGUUAGAAGAAUUCUAUACCAGCUCACCACAAGCACAAUUUGCGGGUCUAACCAAGUUACAUGUGAAAUCAAAGUUGCUGGGUGGAGGUAUUGAUGUGAAGAUAUCAUCGGUGGGCGGCUUCUUCCAGUAUCACCACGAAGAAGUACAGUACUGGGUGCUGGUGUUUAAGAACAUCGGUCUAGGACAGACCAGGAGCAGUAAACUGGUGGAGACUAAACCAGACCAGCCCAAAGACUCACCUAUAUUCUCUUACCUGGAAGAUAAGAAGCUGAGUGUUGUAAUUUUACUCACCAACAUGACAUCUAUGAUUUCCAUGGCGACAUGUUCAGGUUUUCAUCUGGGACUGCAGAGGUGCAAGCUGACUUCAGUAGUUAAUCCUGGCAUGAAAGGUUGGUUGUCCUCAAAGUCAGUGGAUGAAGAAGUGAUAAUAUCACCAGACAUAUCCAUUGAGCUCGAGAUAGACGGGGUACAUGUGUCUCAUGCUGACACUAAAGUCAGUGUGCUCAGUCAGGAUAAACACUACUGGGACCACGUUCUCUAUAUGGGACUCUUGUUACUUAAGAUAAAGAAACGUGAUGGCGUGUUGAACGUGGAUGCCUUGACCGACAACCUCCAGCUGGAGUGGUCGACGAGCACGAUGAAUGUGUUACUCAGUCUGACUGGCGCUAUGAGUAAGACACAGCUACCUCACAAAACACAGCCGCCACCUCCUGAUCCUGUUGCUCCUACUGCUCCUGCUGCUCCGACAGCUGUAUUGGCCAAACCAUCGUGGAUCAAGCGUUAUGCUGCGGUAGUCAAGUGGGACAUUUCCAGUCUUAAUGUAUUCCUGUGCAAUAAUCACAAAGUGUGCUUGAUGUUGCGUGUGGACAAGAUAUUGAUUGAUCACAAAGAUUCCCAUUCCAGUCUGACUGUUGAUGGUGCAAAAGUCAUCUACAUGAAUCAAACUAACACUGAAUUUAAACUGUUGCCCUCAGCAAAGCUUUCCGAUCCUGUUGUUCAUAUAAAGGAAAUCAGAGUGAAGUUCCAGGAUCAGUCUCUGCAAAUUUACGUCCAGAAGGAAUUGGUUCUAGUGUGGGCAACCCACUGUCACAUGUGUUUAAAUCAGGCCAUUCAAGAUGCUCUGUUGCUCAGAGGGAGUCUCAAACGGAAACUGGAAGAAGGAAGAGAGGCAACUCCGCCGGUAGAAAAUCCAGUUAGUUCUGGGGAGAAGCAGAAACUUUCUGUUGAUGUCCUGAUAAAAGCUGAAACUCAUCUAGCUCUUCGACUUUCAAAGGACCACAGUAUAUCGAUGAGUACACACUGCAUUGUCCUCACUGCGACCUUACCACAUGUAGCAGCGGACAUCAAACACUUCGUGGUAAAGUUUGAUGAACAUAAGAUAUUCAGGAUUAAGGGUAUGGUGGCUGAAACGUUAUCGCCAAACACACUAAUUGUUGAACGCAAGACUGCAGGCAAUCUCAAGCUGGAAACUAACCGUGCAUGGGGAUUUUCCUUUGACCAUUUUCAAGUUGUCUUUCCGUUUGAGCACAGUUUUGCUCUUUGUUUUGAGGAGCUUGUGAAUUUCAUAAAAUGGCUCAAGCUUGUACAUCACAUCAAAAAGAAGGAAUUUACAGUGGACAGUAAACUACCACCAGAUCUCAAGAUCAAAACUAAGACAUUUUCAGUUCAGCUAAGUGAUGACACGUUUGAAGUGAAAAUAGGUGACAACUAUGAACUGUUAAAAGAUGAAGGUGAGCAGAAUGAGACGAGGAAACUGCUACUGGAUAAAAAGAUUGAUGAAAAACAUCAGCAAUACGGCCACAUUCCAAUCAGAAAACGCGAAGAGCUGUACUUGUCGCUGGCCAAGCGAAGUGCCGAGGUCUACAUCCAGAGGUCACAGAAGCUGUACAGCAGUAUGCCGAUGCGGACCAAGCUGUUCACGUGGCUCAUGGAAGACCUGCAGAUCAUCGCUUUGGCUGACAGGUCAUACCACGGGAAAGAGAAUGUUGUCAAACACAUGAAGGAGAUCGAUAGUGACAGCUUGUAUCCUGUGGAUGGGUUGGAGUUCUCUACAUUGUGGUGUAGGACGGUGAACGUCAGUAUCAACUCCUGGGUCGUGACCCUGCGCGACUACCCACAGCCCAUGUUGGAUGUACAGAACAUGCUUCUGUGGGGACGGCUCAUCGGAGCAGAACAGGAAGCUAGCAAAAGAGCCAAGAGGUCUUGUGUUGUCGAAGUUGAACAGCCGUGGGGAGACGUUACUGUGGAGAGAAGUCUGCCUCCCCUCAAGUUUUUUCAUGAUUUCAGUUGUGACAUUGCUAAUUUCACCAUGGCCUAUGGUGUGUGCUGGGAACCCGCCGUAGCUCUGUUCAACAGCAGCAUGGAUCUGAUCAACAAGCCGUCCACGGAUCCUAGCUGUCCACUGCCGUUCUGGGACAAAGUGCGUCUGCUCUUUCACGGUCGACUGACCAUGUCCAUCGAGAAGAUGUCCUGGCAGUACCACGCAUCGUUUGACCCGUACAACACCACCGAGCUCAUGGACUGGAUCUGGAGUAACGUCAUUGUGGACUGGACAAAUGCCAAGUGGGUUUUAAAAGGUGACCUUGAUAUUCAUGCCAGGACAGCAUCCAAAUAUGAUGAUUGCAAAUUGUUCCACUUUCCUAAUCUGCGUUUUUGUAUCCGGCUUGAAUGGCUGUGUCUUGGAGACCCAAACGACCAUCACGCUGUCAUGCCUUGUGCCCCAGACAAGGUUCCAGACUACUCCAUGGAGAAACAUGAUUCCUUCCGAGCAUUCAGAUCUGAGAAUUUAAACUUGGACGUCAGUCUUGACAUAAAAGCAAGCAAAGGCAUGGAUAUCCCAAGUUGUAAAUUGUAUGCAAGCAGUUUGCGCUUCAUGAAAAAAAUACAGAACUGUAUGUUCAGUGUGACGAGACCAGUGCGGCGUGGUAAACUCUUUAAUAACACAACUCCAAGGAAACCACAGCUCACCAGGCAUUACAAAAAGAUUAAAUUGCACGUGAACUUCCACCAGUUCUCCAUCUGGUACUGGAUGUCGUUUUCCAACCCCCACGGAGCCGAGCUGCUGUCCGAGUCAUUCGUGAUGCAUAUGUGUAACAAGCUGACGCUGGAGCCCAUCGAGGACGGGCUGUGUCACAGACCCCGGUCUGACUGGAGCAUCAAGUACCUCACCUGCGAGCUGGGAACAACGAAGACGUGGCUCUGCAAGUUUGGAGAUGAAGUCAACGAGGACAUGAUGAAAGAUUUAAGAAGAUCAAUAAGAAAUCCAUUGGAUAAGUCAUUUUUUAUGAGCAUUGCAAGGAUUUCAUACCAAAGAGCUGAUAACAGUAAAGAAUCAGAAAUGAAGAAGUUGAAUUCAUCUGAUUCAGAUGUCUACGUGCACAGUGUGAAGAUCUAUGACAUGAAGGGGGCGUGGACCAAGAAGAACAGGUCGGUUGUGAUUGCCCUGUACGAAGGUUUCCAGAAGAACAACACGCUAAGACGAAAUCUCUCAUCGAAGGCGCUCAAAGGGUUUAAGGUUGAGGGAGGCACACGCAGCAGAAAUGCUUCCACAUGCUACAGUCCUGUCACCGGUCACAGUACAACAUCUGUCAGUGUAGCCACUCCAAGCCCUGCCUCGAAAAUAGAGUCUGGACACGCCAUGGCCAUGCUGAUGAAACUUGUGUCAGAAUCCAACAGCAAGUCGGUGGCUUUCACAGAGGAGCCAUCUGGAUCUUACAUAGAUCAACUUCAUGGGGUCCAAGCUUGUCACACAGGAGAAAUUCUUCUCAAGAACUGGUUCAUUUGUCUUCAUAACAGUCAGGUGCUGCUGAAAGGUUCAGAAACCAAUGGUUACGUGAUUGUGAGUUGUCACAAGGCCAACAUCCAGUCCACUGUUCGUCACCCCAUCUGGUGCGACUCUCAGCUGCGCAGCAAAAAUACAUGGGAAGCCGAUGUUAACUGCAUGCAGUACUAUGCGACAGUAGACCCGCGACAGACGUUUGAUGAUGAUGACAUCCCCUGGUUGUCGAAACACGACGUUGAGUUGCAGACUGAUCAUGAUCAUUCGAGUGUCAAUGAAAUGUCCAGCAGUGGAUAUCAAGUCGGUGGAAUUGUCAAUGUGAAGACAGGCGAGAAAUCUGUCCAACUGCAGAGAAUAAUUGCUCGGUGUCGAUGUCAGGUAUUUUAUGCCAGUUACGGAGAAGUGGAAAAUAAUACAAUGCCAUUGCUACCUGCAGCUGAGGAGACCGACAUGAUGAAGGUGGAAGAGGGUGUGGAUACUGUGACACUGUUACACCAUGAUCUCAUGAUGUCAUCCAACACGUUGCAGUACACUGUUAUUCUGGAUAUUGUCAACAACCUGUUGCUCUAUAUUGAACCAAAGGAAAAGGAAGCUAAUGAAAAACUCCAGAGUAUGAGAUUCCAUCUGUUACUGUCAAGAGUUGAAGAUCAGAAGACGCCCAUAUUAGAACUGCAAGAAACAGUCAGGGAACACGUACAGAGGUUGAGAAGACUGGAACGUGAGCUGUACCUUGUCAACAAGACACUGGACGAGUGUUAUGAAGACGAUGAUCUUACUGAGCGAUGUGAUCUGCUGGAAGCGGAAGUGAACAGCUGCAAGGAAUACAUCUUCAAGCAGAAUGAGGAACUCACCAUGAGAAUCAGCUGCUACAAGGAAAGCCAACUGCAGGUCUCGGCACAGAUGAAAACAGAAAGAUCUAACCAGUCAAAUGUUGUGCGACUGAAUGAAGUUUGUUUUAUGUUUGCCAACUGGCGGCUGACUGACAAAGAUGGUCAGAUUGGAAUUACAGAUAUCUCUCUGAGGAACUUUCUAUACAGCAAAACAAACAGAGAUGAUGCUACUUGGACCCAUCAGUUAGAAGUUGGCUGGUUUAAAGUAGAGAACCUGCUCAGAAAUACAAUAUACAGGGAUGUUCUUGAGCCCUGCGAUGCUAUUGGUAAGGAUGGUAGAGUGAUGGCUCUGAGGAUUUUCUGCAGCGAGAGACCCCCAGUUGGUGGAAUUGCUGUGAAAGAACAUUUUGAGGUGAACGUGGUUCCCCUCAACAUUCAGAUGACCUAUCAGUUCUACGAGGCCGUCAUGGGAUUCUUCUUCCCAGACAAAAACAUUGAAGCAGAUGAUCAGGAUGAUGACGUGGAAGCGAGUAAGAAAAAAGCUAAAAAGGGAAAAGGACUGACUAUGAAAAAGAUUGGCACUUCAGAUGACAUUGACAAGAUGAAGGAGAGAGCUGCCAACAACAAUAGUUUCCUGUACAUCAAGGUCCCCGAGGUCACGUUACGAGUGUCGUACAAGGGCCAGAAGGACAAGAAUAUCCUAGAUGUUCACGACUUCAGCUUUGUGCUUCCGACUGCGGAAUAUCACAAUCAGAUCUGGACGUGGUUCGACUUUCUUAUUGCUCUGAAAAACCACAGCAAGACAACUCUUGUGUCACAGGCAAUAAAACAGAAACUACGUAUGAAGACGCGAGUGACCGAUGAACAAGUCCUAACAGAUGUACAAAAGGAGGAAGACAAGGCGAAAAUGCUUCUUGGGGCAAAAGUUCUUGCUGGACAAGAUAAGCCUGGAACGAAAAAAGGGUUAUUUGGAAAAUCCAGUAAACCAUAACUGCUGAGUAUAUGUACUAAAUGUGAUCAACAGACACAUCAAAAGUGCACUACAUGCUCUUGCCAAAUCUUCCUGUUCCAUGGGUUUUUGAUAUUAAAAUAAACUUUGCUGGCAUGUUGCUUAGCUUUUCUGUAAAUGAUGAUUUUGAAUGAAGCAUCAUUGCCACAACUGAGAGAAAGGGUAAUUUAGAUAAUGUGACUGUACAUUCUUCGGGACCGCCUUGUUAAUGGGAGAGUUCAGCCAGACGGAGCAUAAAAAUGUCUGCUAAGACUGGUUUAUGUGCUUCACAGUAAACCAAAUGGUCAUGUUGGGAACCAUUCAAAUAGUUAGCAAAACAUUUGCUAGCUGAACUUGGGGAUUAUGUUGUGAUUUUCUGGAGUUUGUGUCUUCAUGCAGACACAGUGUGUAUAGAGUGACAAAUAAUUGCUUUUAUAUGUAGAGUUGAAUUCCUUCUAAAUCAUGUCCUAGUCCCCUGGUUGUUUUAUUGUUUAUCAUUUAUAAAUGUGUUAUUAGAAUGACAUAAAAAUUGAACUGGACUUUUAAAAUUUUUAGGUUCACAAUGUUGUAAACCCAAAACAGACUUGAUGUGUUUUUAAUAUGUUCUUAUGUUGUAAGCAAAGUUAAAAGUAGGGUCAGAAUAAGAAUAACCUACAUAUUCUCGUAUGAGACAAUGUAGAUUGUUGUUCACUGUGUACAUGUUAUUUUAUUGCCUUCAUUUUCUAAUAGUACACAUUUUAAUUUGUGUUAUUUUAAUCAUACAAAAUGUAUAUUUAAUAUAAACAAUACAGAUUUUAUUGGAUUGUUAAAAAUCCAGUUUUAUCAUAUGAAGAUGUCUUUAAAUGUUCAGACUUUGCAUGUAUUGAUGUUUUACAUGACAGUGAGUUUGAGAAUAAUGUUAUUACAAACAUUAAUUUAAGUGUGUUAAGGAAAUUGAUGUACAUAAUGUUGAACAUCCAACAUGUAUCUUAAAUCUAUUAGUCAAUCUCGGCUGUUAGUAGAAUCCCUAAUUUCAAGAUCUAUCGACCCAUUAAUAGUUAGUUGCCCAUGAAAAACGGCCUAAAAAAAUAUUAAACUAAAACGAAUGUUUUGCAAAUAUGAAAGUUUACAUGAAGAAGAAUACAAAUAAGCUGCUAUUUAUCAUUUAUAUAAUUUAAAAAAAAAAAAUGUUGCAUCAUCUAAUAAAGUGAUGACAUAAUUUUUAUUUAGUUUUACAAACCACAAGCUUGCAGGCUAUAUAAAAACGUGAGAUCCAGUGGGGCUAUAAUGAUAUUACCAUAAAGAUAACUUCAAAUAAUAAGCAAUUAUGGCACUGUGGUCAGGGUUGAUAUUUUAUUUUUUGCACACCAUAAAACAUAUUCUUCUCAUCAUAGGGCCAUAAUUGUUUUAUUACUUCAGUUGUACACGAAACGUCAUCUGUAAGAUGCUACAAUUUUCAAAUUCUGUCUAUCAAACCUAUAACGCUUAUGGGUCAAUGCUAAGGGGAUUUCCUGUUUUACACCAAAUAUAGUGCAAUAUUAUUAUUUAUGUUUUCGCAAAACCACAGAGCCGUGCAAUAUGAUCUCAAAUGGAAUCGCACAUGAUGUAACAUUAACCAAUCCGACCUCGUGACAUCAUUUAUGACAGUGCUGGGGUGUCAUUAAACAUCUGUUCUAUUCUAUUCUAUUCAUGUAUGACAAUAUGGCACAUAGUAACUGUAAAUCACGUGAAUAAUAAUUAGAUAAAAUAUCCACAGUUGAUGGGUCGAUUAGAUUAUUUUGUAACUCAGUCGGUGCUGGUUGUAUUGUAGUUUGUGCUGCUGCUUUAUCAAAGUAGCCUGCAUGACUAACAAGUUUCCUCUCUAUCAUCUUGUUUAACCCACAGUGGUUGCUGAUUAAACAAUGUUUCAUUCAUUUCUCAUAAUCUUGUUGAUUAUCAACUAUUAUUUUGGAAGUAAGGAAAAUGGAAUGCAAGUACCCCACGUAAAUUUGAGUGAAUUUGUCAUGUAAUAAAACUUUCAUUCAUGUGGCUAGCUGGAUUCUCGUAAUAACAUAUUUCUGUUAUUAAACGGAUUCACAACUGCUUAUUAUUUUCAAGAUAAAAUACAUGAGGCUAUAUUUUAACUGAACGUAUGAUUCCAUUCUUAUUAAUAUUAUCUCAUCUUUCACCAAAAAUAUGUCCAACUUAAAAAUGCAUUGCCCAUGUCUUUCAUACAUUUCAUUACAGUGAAGUUUAUUUAUUCUUGUAAUUGUUGUGCAUCAGUUCUGUCUUAAGACUGUUGAAGCAUAUACAAAUAAAAGUACUGACUGGAAAA